UUUGCAGCUGCGUAAUUUAUUGAGCUAACCCCUAUCAAAUCCUUGUCAGCAGUCUGCUUCCGCCCCUCCUUUUCUCCUAUCCCACUUCACCCUGCACUACUCACUUCCUAGGAGGCUCCAAGAACCACUCCAACUAUGGCAUCUGGUGCUGUGUUCCUGCUCACAGCCCUGGCCUCUUGUCAUGGAUUCAACCUGGACAUCAAACACCCCAUUAUCUUCCAGAACAAUGUGGCUGGUUUUGGGCAGAGCGUGGUCCAGUUUAAAGAAUCUCGCCUCGUGGUGGGAGCUCCCUUGGUGAGGAUUUCUGCCAACCAAACAGGGAGACUCUACGAGUGUAAAUAUGGUACUGAAAGAUGUCUGCCCAUCCCCUUACAGAUCCCCCAAGAGGCAGUGAACAUGUCCCUGGGACUCUCUCUGACUGCUGAUACAGACUCCUCACAACUACUGGCCUGUGGACCUACAGUACACCAAACCUGUGGGAAGAACAUAUACAUGAAGGGUUUCUGUUUUGUGCUGGAUUCAAAGGUACAACAAUGUAAGACAAUUCCAACAGCCCUACAGGAGUGUCCAAAGCAAGAAAAUGACAUUGUCUUUUUGAUUGAUGGUUCUGCCAGCAUUGAGUCCCAUGACUUUCAGCAAAUGAAGAGUUUUGUCAGAGCUGUAAUUGACCAGUUCAAAGAAACCAACACCCAGUUCUCAUUGAUGCAGUAUUCAAACCUACUUAAAAUACAUUUUACUUUUUUGGACUUCCAAAAGAGCACCAACUGGGGAAAGCUAGUGGAUCCAAUUCUGCAGCUGAAAGGUUUGACCUACACUGCCACUGCCAUCAGAAAAGUAGUAACUGAAUUAUUUCAAAGCUGGAAUGGAGCUCGGAAAAAUGCCACUAAGAUCCUCAUUGUAAUCACGGAUGGAGAGAAAUACAAAGACGAGCUACAAUAUAAAGAUGUCAUCCCCCAGGCAGACCAGGCAGGAAUCAUCCGAUAUGCAAUUGGGGUAGGAGAUGCUUUUGAGUAUGUCAGCGCCCGGGAGGAACUGAACAUAAUUGGAUCAAAACCUGCAAAUGAACAUGUGUUCCGAGUGAAUAACUUCAGUGCUCUAAAGAACAUCCAGGAGCAGCUUCAAGAGAAGAUCUUUUCCAUUGAGGGUACUCAGUCUGGAAGCAGUAUCUCCUUCCAGCAUGAGAUGUCUCAGGCAGGCUUCAGUGCUGCCCUUACACCUAUGGGACCAGUCCUGGGAGCUGUAGGGAGUUUCGAUUGGUCUGGAGGUGUCUUCUUAUACUCCCCAAAUCAAGGCCCUGUCUUUAUCAAGACAUCCAAAGAGGACAUGAAUGAUGCUUAUCUGGGUUACUCUGCUAUGGUAGCCAUUUGGAAUGGAGUUCAGAGACUUGCCCUGGGGGCCCCUAGAUACCAGCACACAGGAAAGGCUGUAGUCUUCACCAAUGUUGGUGGCACCUGGGAGCAGGAGGCUGAAGUCGAAGGGACACAGGUAGGAUCCUAUUUUGGAGCAACCCUAUGUCCCAUUGAUGUGAACAGAGAUAACAACACUGACCUGAUCCUCAUUGGAGCCCCCUAUUACUACGAACAAAAACGAGGAGGCCAGGUGUCCAUUUGUCCCAUACCUCGGCAGAGGGCCAAGUGGAACUGUGAAGCUGUUCUCCGGGGGCAGCAGGGAUACCCCUUGGGCCGUUUUGGGGCAGCACUGGCAGUGGCAGGGGACACGAAUGGGGACGAAAUAACAGAUGUAGUGGUGGGGGCACCUGGGGAGGAAGAAAACCAGGGAGCCAUCUAUUUGUUUCAUGGUGUGUCUGGAUUUGGUAUCAACCCUUCCUAUAGCCAGAGAAUAAGUGGUUCCAGCCUUUCUCCCACACUCCAAUAUUUUGGGCAGUCAGUGAGUGGGGGACAAGACCUCACCCAGGAUGGACUUGUGGAUGUGACUGUGGGAGCCCAGGGACAGGUGCUGCUGCUCAGGACAUGUCCAGUCCUGAAAGUUGAAGUGUCAAUAACAUUCACACCUCCAGAGUUGGCAAGAUCUACAUUUGAGUGUUGGGGACAGGCUACCAACCAGGAAGCAGGGGCUGCUGUAAUUUGCCUCACUAUUUACAAAAGUAUUCCAGACCAGUUGGGUGAUGUCCAAAGCUCUGUGGCUUAUGAUCUUGCUCUGGAUGCUGGACGCCUGAGUCCUCGUGCCAUAUUUGAUGAGACAAAGAACUGGACACUAAAUCGAAUUAAAACGCUGGGACUAGGGAAUCACUGUGAGAAUGUGAAACUGCUGUUACCAUAUUGUGUGGAGGACUCAGUGACCCCUAUCAGUCUGCGCCUCAACUUCUCUCUGGUGGGACAACACAUCCCCUCAUCUGGGAACCUCAGACCUGUUCUAGAAGUGGGUUCCCAGGACCUCUUUACUUCCCGUCUCCCCUUUGAGAAGAACUGUGGAACAGAUCACCUCUGUGAGGACGACCUUGGCAUUACCUUCAAUUUCUCUGGCCUACAGACUAUGGUGGUUGAUGAUCUGGAGUUGAAUGUGACAGUGACGGUGACAAAUCAGGGGGAAGAUUCUUACAGGACCAUGGUGACCUUCUUAUAUCCCCCAGGACUGUCCUAUCGACGAGUAUCAGUGACCCAGCUGGCAUCCUCGCAAUCUGUGCGUCUUGCAUGUGAGGCAGCAGCGCCAGAGAACAAGGCCCUGAAAGGUACUGGCUGCAGCAUCAAUCACCCCAUCUUCCAGGAAGCAGCUAAGGUCACUUUUGUAGCCACAUUUGAUAUCUCUCCCACUGCCACCCUUGGAGACAAAAUGCUCAUGAAAACUAAAGUGAGCAGUGAAAAUAACACACCUAAGUCCAACAACACCACCUUUCAGCUGGAGGUACCAGUGAAGUAUGCUGUCUACUUGGUAAUCAGCAGCAUUGAAGAUUCCACCAAAUAUCUUAACUUCUCAGUUUCAGAAGAGAAGCAAGUUAACACGACUGAGCAUGGAUACAGAAUAAAUAACCUGGGACAGAGGGCUCUACCUGUCCACAUAGACUUCUGGGUUCCUGUGGAAUUGAACAAGGAGUCUAUAUGGAAUCUGACUGAGGUCAUUUACCCCCAGGAUUCAUCAAUUCAGUGUGCCAUAGAAAGAAAAGAACCCAGUCACUCUGACUUCUUGACCCACAUCCACAAGAGCCCAAAUUGCUCCAUUGCUGUCUGCUUGAGAAUUGGCUGUGAUAUCCCCACCUUCAAAAUCCAAGAGGAGACUGACUUCCUCAUUAAAGGCAAUUUCAGCUUUGGCUGGGUCAGCCAGACUCAACAGAAGAAGCUGUUGUUUGUGAGUUCAGCUAAGAUUAGUUUUGAUGAAUUAAAGUAUUCCCAGCUUCCAGGACAAGAGGCCUUUUUGAGAACCCAGGUAGAGACAGUGGUGGAACAGUAUGAGAUCUACAAUCCCAUUCCCCUCAUCUUGGGCAGCACUGUGGGGGGACUCCUGCUGCUGGCACUCAUCACAAUUGGGCUGUAUGAGCUUGGUUUCUUCAAACGUCACUAUAAGGACAUGAUGGAAGAUAAAGCCCAGGAGGCUGAUCUGAAAAAUGAAGACUCUCAAGCCCCCACCUCCUGAUGCAGCCAUCCCACUCUCCUAGGCCUGUUAUCAUGGGGUGAAAUCUCAGCCCUCCCUUUCCCUGGACAAAGCUGGGCCUGAGAUGACAGCUUUUCAUCAGACUGCUUCUACAAACUCUCCUUCCUUGGCCCACAAAUGCAACCGAGUCUUUCAUAUGACACAACCAUGGGU